AUGCCUGAGGUCGAAGGUGGCGCCGUGCCAAAUCAAAGCAAGGGAUCGUGGUCUUCUUUCCUCAAGUCGAUUGCCUCUUUCAACGGCGACUUGUCCUCGCUGACUGCCCCGGCUUUCAUUCUCUCUACCCAAUCGCUCGUCGAAUUCUCUGCGUACUGGGCUGAAAACACGUCGUUAUUCAUUGCGCCGACUCAAGAGAAGGACCCUGCUAGACGCGCUCUCCUGGUGCUGAAGUGGUUGCUAAACACGCUCAAACAACAGUAUAGUUCUCGUUCAGAAAAACUUGGGUCAGAGAAGAAGCCACUUAAUCCAUUCCUUGGAGAAUUGUUCUUGGGAAAAUGGGGCGACGAAUUCGCCGAGACAACGCUGGUCUCGGAGCAAGUCAGUCACCAUCCUCCAGUAACGGCCUACUGCAUCACCAAUGAAAAGCACCGCAUUCGACUGCAAGGCUACAACGGACAAAAGGCCAGUUUUAGUAGAACUAUCCAAGUCAAGCAAGUUGGACAUGCUCUCUUGACCUUGUGCCCUCCCGGCAGUGACCACGCGGAAACCUACCUCAUUACUCUGCCCGCCUUGCAUAUCGAAAGCCUCAUCUACGGAGCACCCUUUGUCGAGCUGAGCAAAUCCAUAUAUAUCGUCUCGAGCACCGGACACAUCUCCAAGAUCGAUUUUUCCGGUAAGGGUUGGCUCUCUGGGAAAAAGAACAGCUUCACAGCGUCGUUGUGGAGAGAAGGUGAAGGUUCGGAGAAGAAUCCCCUGUAUACAGCGGACGGGCAGUGGUCGGACUCGUUCGUCAUACGAGAAGGCGACAGCAAGAGAGGGAGAGAGAUCGAGACCUUCAGGCCUUCAGGCAUCAAACUGUCCAAGCUGAAUGUUGCACCCAUCGAGGAGCAAGAUGUCUUUGAGAGUCGGAGGGCAUGGUCACGGGUUGCCCAGAGCAUUGAGAAGGGUGAAAUGGAUGCUGCCUCGCACUACAAGUCCAGAAUCGAGAAUGCUCAGCGGGCGCUGCGCAAGAAAGAGCAGGAGGAAAAGAGAAAUUGGGAACGUGUGUUUUUCUCCCCUGCGGAUCCCGAGGACAGAUUGGAACGGACAUUCGACGACUUAGUCAAGGUGGUGACCAAUUUCGGUCUCAAUAGCUGGGAAGGUGUCGCGCCCGAUAAAACUGCUGGAAUAUGGAGGUACAGCGAGGAGAAAGCUGCCAAGGCAAAGAAACCGUUCCACAAGGAGGGACUGCUGGCUCUGGGGGAGAAUUCGGAUGGAACUUCGGCACCAGUAAGUCGGGUCCCGACAAACCAGACCACACAACAGGCGAAUUGA